AUGAGGUUCUCUCUCUCGAUUCGGUGUUUCUUCUUCAACUCGGUGAUUCUUCUUCUUGAGCACAGAGCGAUUGCGAUUUCGAAGUUCGAUUUUGAGCACCGUGAUUUGGAACUCUUCUUCAGAUCCGUGAUCUUCGUCUUCUUCGAUCAGAGGUAUAAAGGCACAUACUGCAGUCAGGAGGUGGCUAUCAAAGUCUUCAAGCCUGAUCUUGUGAAUAAAGAUAUGCUGAGAGAGUUUGCCCAGGAAGUGUUCAUUAUGAGGGGUAUUCAAUUAUUUAAUCAAUUAUGUAUAAAGUUCAUCUGGGUCCAGCUGAAGAGGCUGCUUACUGUUUUUUGGCAUGCCUUCAAUCUGGACUGAAAUGUGGUGAUUUUCUAGACAACCUGAGAUAGAUUUGAAGUUUUGGGUUUGUACGGCUAAAAUUGGAUUGUUCCUACUUUCAUGGAGAUUGUUCUGGUUGGAAGAAGCUGACAUUAAGAAAAUUCUGCCUGUUCUUCUUUUUUUACAACUUAUUUUGGUUCUUGCAGGAAAAUUCGGCGCACGAAUGUUGUACAAUUCAUAGGCACGUGCACACGAACUCCAAACCUGUGCAUUUUGACUGGUACUUCCAGUGAAAUUUUUAUUUGUAUAAUGCUAUAUGCUAUUCUUAGGUGAUAAUAUGUAUCACCAUAAGGUAUAUUAU